CAUAAGAGGCUGAACCGGGGCAACACAAGGAGGAAGUCACCUUUGUAAGUUCAGUAAAGCACACCGGUUACAUUACCCGACAGCCAAACAGAGGAGACAGUCGCUGCUGUGCGCAUGGGAGUAUGGCAAGAACUACGGCCAACGGCAACUUAAAACCACAUUUGAACCACAUAGAACUGAAAUGCGAAGACAUCACGAAAAAUGGCUGUCACAACAAGAGGGAGAAAAAUGGCCCAGGGACUGGUGUUGCCUCCAGGCAGCACAGGCAGGAGUCCUUUGAACAAGCACCCAUCUACGUGGCUGUCAUGACAUACCUGGGCUUUGGCAUUGUCACUUUGUUUGGCUACCUCAGAGACUUCCUCAGAGCUGUGGGCUUAGAGAAGUGCCACCUUGCCCAGGAAAGAGAGGAACAAAAGGAUUUCGUACCACUUUAUCAAGAUUUUGAGAACUUUUACACUCGAAACCUGUACAUGAGGGUACGAGACAACUGGAACCGUCCUAUAUGCAGCCUGCCAGGACCUGUCUUUGACCUGAUGGAGAGGGUGUCGGAUGACUACAACUGGACAUUCAGGUUAACUGGGAGGACAAUACACAACGUCAUCAACAUGGGCUCUUACAACUAUCUCGGUUUUGCUGAGAACAACGCUGACUUUCUGAGAACUGUGGCAGACAAAAUACGCUACUAUGGGGUUGGCGUUUGCAGCACAAGGCAGGAAAUAGGUAAUCUAAGCAUCCAUGAAGAGCUGGAGCAACUUGUGGCCGAUUUCCUUGGAGUAGAGUCCUCCAUGGCUUUUGGGAUGGGUUUUGCCACAAACUCAAUGAACAUUCCAGCAAUUGUUGGGAAGGGUUGUUUGAUACUGAGUGAUGAGCUCAAUCACACAUCCCUGAUCUUAGGGGCCAGACUGUCAGGAGCAACCAUCCGGGUGUUCAAACACAACAACAUGCACAGUCUGGAGAAGAUGUUAAGAGAGGCAGUAUGCUCAGGGCAGCCUCGAACCCACAGGCCCUGGAGGAAGAUCCUCAUCAUGGUGGAAGGCAUCUAUAGCAUGGAGGGCUCAGUGGUGCGACUUCCUGAAAUCAUCGCUCUGAAGAAGAAGUAUAAAGCAUAUCUGUACCUGGAUGAGGCCCACAGUAUCGGAGCUGUGGGACCAUCAGGGAGGGGCGUGACCGAGCUGUUCGAUGUGAACCCAGAUGAUGUGGACGUGAUGAUGGGCACCUUCACCAAGAGCUUCGGGGCUGCUGGAGGCUAUAUCGCCGGGAAAAAGGAGCUGGUGGACUACCUGCGUAGUCAUUCUCACAGUGCAGUGUACGCCUCUGCCAUGUCCCCUCCCAUCACUGAGCAGAUCAUACGUGCCAUAAGGUGCAUCAUGGGAAAAGACGGGAGCACAGAGGGCAUUAGACGGAUCCGCCAACUGGCAGAGAACACCAGAUACUUCAGGGCCAGACUGAAGGAGAUGGGCUUCAUCAUCUAUGGCCACAAUGACUCACCUGUGGUUCCAAUUCUGCUCUACAUGCCAGGCAAAGUGGUGGCUUUCGCUCGAGAAAUGCUAGAGAGGAAAAUUGGUGUAGUGGUUGUUGGCUUUCCAGCCACGCCGAUUACAGAGGCCCGAGCUCGCUUCUGUCUGUCUGCAGCACACACCAGAGUCAUGCUGAACCAGGUGCUGCACCAUCUGAACGAGGUGGGAGACACUCUCUGUCUGAAGUUUUCACGGAAGAAAUAUUCCUCUUGGACUGACCUCUAUGAUGACACAGACUUUGAGCAGGGCAGCUGAUAUGACCCUUGACACCUUCAGUUCACAGUGUGAAAAUUUAAGUGUCCAUGCCACAGCAGACUUGUAAUCGCACAAUGCAGAAUAACACCCAUGUCUCACAGCAGAACAGGGACUAAAUGGUUGGCAGCUGCUUUUUAUGUUUGUAAAACAUAUAUUAAUGGAACAUGUAUUUCUGCUUCUUAAUGAGAGAAACUACAUGAACUCAAAAAUAUAUUUGUGAAUACAUGAAAUGAUUGCACAAGUAUUGCUGGAUUGGUCUCAAAAUCGAGUACUGUGUAAAAUAACUGUUUUUAUACUGAGAAAAAUCACAUGCAGUUUUGAAGUUCAGUUUGACUGCACAUUUUUAUAGCAAAGCAGGGCCUAUUUACACUUUAAUUCUAAUUACUCAUGUCUAUAGUUAGACAAAUACCACAAUUGUGGAAGCAGUUUUUUCUUCUCAUGAAUUGAUAUCAGCCACUAUUUAUUAAAAAAGAUGGUGGUAGUUAGAGAAUGACGUCUCUAAGGAUUUGAUCUAAGGAGUCCCAUUUUGUUCCUUAACAUGAAGUAGUAGUUACAAGUAAUGGGAAAGUAGUUUGAAAUUGUCCCCUGUGGUGUACUGCUGCAUUGCUGUCUGCUGAUUUUAUAUUUUUAUUUGUUUCCAAUAAAACGCAAGUACCGCACAUUAAAACUU